AGGAUCAGGCGAUUGGCCUGUGCUGGAUUGGGAGAAUCGGGAUUGGCAGUAGUCUGAUCGUGAUUUGAGGAAUCGGAUUGGUAGCGGCCUUCACAAAUAUCGUAUUUGUGAAUCGGUAAGCGCGAAGGAUAAAACGGUUAAAACGGUUUUUAAAUUGAAACCGGAGGUAUUCCUGUCCGAAGACUCCGAAGCAACCGAUCCGGAUCGAUACCGACCUUGACCGAUCCCAUUCUCGAUACCUAGAUUUCAAACCUUGAGUCUGAUUCAAUCCGAUUCUUAAAACCCUGGGUAUUUGAUUGAAUUAAGUCCGAGUUAUGUUUACGCAUUGAUUCAUUCUACGGUCGGUGGUCAUGAUUGCUCUCUUUCUGGGAUUUCUUCUCGGAGCCCUGACCAUCAUCGUCGUUGAAGCUCUAGGUUUCCUUCACGUCCUGAAUCAGUUGAGUCGGAAAAAUGGAAUCGGACCGACGGAAUCUCAAGUGGGUCACUGCCUUGCCACCGAGCAAUCGCUCUCCGCCGCUUAUAACAAGCAGGGGUUUGUUUGGAUAUUAGAAUCAGAAAGGGUACCGAAGGUUUCUGGAGAUGACAAUGCACCAAAGGAGCAAAAGUGCAAGAAGGAAAUCUUGGAGGUUUACCCUGUAAAGAAACAUGCAGAAAUUAAAGAUCACUCUCUUUUUCUGACAGAUCUAAGUACUACUCAGAAAACAAUCCACCUUCUGGGUUGUACGAUAAGUGCCGUUUCAGCAUCAGAUCUACCCUCAAGGAAGUGGGCCAAAAGAUACCCUGUUAAAGUGGAAAGCAAAUCUUCAGUGAUUUACGGUGGAAGUAGGAUCUGUUACCUAUAUUUUGAGACUUCUUGGGAGAAGGAAUCAUGGUGUAAAGCCCUCCGUCUUGCUGCUUCUGCUGACAAGGGUAGACUUACAUGGUAUGCCAAUUUGAGUGAAGAGUUCCAUGGUUACAUAACAUCCUUGAAUCCAGGAUACCUUUCAUUUAUGAAAACCUCAACAGGGCUUUCCAAUGAACCAGCAGAUAGGACAAGUAGGUUUGAUGGCUCUUCUUCGAAGGUCCGAGUAUUUCUGAAAAAGCUUGCAAGAAAAGCUUCUAAGAGUGGUUUAGAAAAUAAGACAAGUGGUCAUUCAUUGUCGGGCCGCGAAGAGAGAAAGAUUGGUGAGAAGUCUCGUUCAGUCCAAUAUCCAUUCUUGGCCUCUGGCUUAAAGGCUCCUUUGACAGAGAAGAAUACAACUAAUUCUUUGGAGGAAGCCACAGAGCAAUUUCCAUCAAAUUUAACUCACUCAGGAAGUCAAAGCCAGGUUUCUGUCAUCUCUGAAGCAGAUUCUGAUGAAAAUUCUGGUAUUAAUGAAGGAACACUUUGUUUGAAUUUGUUAAUUUCACGUCUUUUCUUCGAUGCCAAAAGCAAUGAAGAGGUGAAGAGCUCCAUACAAGCACGGGUUCAGAGAACGCUGUCCAAUAUGAGGACCCCUAGUUACAUUGGUGGAGUGACAUGUAGUGGCUUAGAUCUUGGAAAUCUUCCACCUUACAUCCGUAGCAUGAGGGUUCUUCCCAUGGACAUGAAUGAAGCAUGGACAAUAGAAAUUGACAUUGAAUAUUCAGGUGGUGCAAUAUUAGAUGUUGAAACAAGAAUUGAAGUUCAUGAACCAGCUUUCGAAAAAGGCAUUGCAAAUUCAAGUCUAGAAUCAACUUCUGUUGGUCAGGCCACCACAGAUCUUCUUGAAGGUUUUGAGUACCUUAGCGACCAGCUUAAGCUUUCCGGGGAGAUUGUUGAUGAAGAGAAGAGGGAAGAUGGCAAUGACGGGUUGAGAAACUCCAAGAGCACUAAUUGGACGUCAACAUAUUUAUCAAGGUGGAAGUCUGUUUUGAAUUCUGUUGCCAAGCAAGUGUCGCAGGUGCCUAUUUCCUUGGCAAUAAGGAUUGCAUCGGUCCGAGGAACAUUGCAGCUACGUAUUAAGCCACCCCCCUCGGAUCAGUUGUGGUUCAGCUUUACAUCAAUGCCUGAUGUGGAUUUCAAUCUUGUGUCUGCUGUGGGGGACCACAAAAUAACCAGCGGACAAAUUGCUUUGCUCUUAGGCAAUCGAAUCAAGGCGACGAUCCGUGAAACUCUAGUUCUCCCAAACUAUGAAAGCAUAUGCAUCCCAUGGAUGUUAGCAGAAAAGGAUGACUGGGUCCCAAGAAAAGUAGCUCCAUUCAUAUGGGUUAAUCAAGAAGCUGCUAGUGAGCCUGCAGUACGAGAAGCACCUGGUGGGAACCCAUUUGGGAACACUAGAGUGGACUUUGAAGGCAGCGGGAGGGGACAAAAACAGAGUACCAGUAGCAUAGAAGAUGAACAUGAGAGGAGCAUGAAUGUUCAUGUUCAACAACCAGCUCAUGAAGCCUCCGCAUCUGAGUCAGCAUCAUCUCAACCUGAACGAGCCCCAUCAAGUUCUACCCAUGAAUCCAACUGCAGUCAAUCCUUGCAAGAGUUGAGGAGUCCACUAUUAAGCAAUGAACCACCAGAAAGUUGCGUCCAGAGCAGACCAAACAGCCCAGACUGUCAACCCACAAGAUUGUUGAUGGAGACCGAGGAACAUACUCACAUAGGUGAGGAUACAAGACGAAGGAAAAUAGGAAGAAGAGAAAGGAUGAUGGGAUUGGGGAAGAAGAUGGGAGAAAAACUUGAAGAAAAACGUCACAUUGAAGAAGAAAGCAGACACGUUAUUGAGAUGAUGCGGGGGCCAUCAUAGUGGAUAAAGCCCAGCUAAAAAACUGGUGGAAUUGGGUGCCCGCUGUUGACUAUUCAGUAGUUGCAGGGUGUUCAAUAUUUGGACUGCUCUCAGAGUAGCAGGAGCUACUUGGUUGAAGUUGAUAGGAUUUUAUUUUCAUGAAAACCUUAAACCUCAUAUUAAGACGAAAGAUAACAGUCUCAAUGUUAAUUACAAUAUCCAUAGAUAGUAUUUCCUUUGUUUGAUUUACGAGCUAAGAGAACAAAAACUUCAUCUGGGUGUUCA